AUGGAUUCUGACUUUCAGUCCAACGUGGCCAAUUUUGACAAUUCUUCGUUUUCUAAUACACGUUCAAUCCUUACUGGUCUUGGUAUCACCUAUGGAAAUUUAUCAGAAGCUACACAAAAUAUGUCUCUACUCGACAUCAGCAACCGGCAGGAGGUGAUCUCGUCUUCUGACGUCGCUGUGGUCAAAUGUUACAUGAAGCGUUCAGCAAGUAAAGAUUCCUUUUCGUCUAGUAGCGACUUUUCACCAACGACUUUCUGGGCCUCUGACAACGACUCCGGUAGUACCCACGAACGGCUAGAAGGUGUCUCGGAGGCGCUGCAACGUCAUCUUGGCGUUAGAUCUCCUCUCUCUCAAACACGUGCUUCGUCAUAUUCACCAUGGAACAAGCAUACAUUUGCAGAUUCGACUGACUCUACUGCCUCAGAACGUAACGUAUCACGGGCCUUAGCGCUUCACGAUACCCCGAAUCACUGCAACGCACCUGGAAUCUUUGCAGAUGUGAACAUGUUCAGCAUGGCAGCACUGGAGCAGGAAAAUAAUAUUGGAGUCAACCCCAUGGAUACUGUGGGACAAUUACCAGACUCUGUGGUAUCUAACGAUAUGACGGUGGAUAGUGUUCAAGCAGUACAAAUCCAUCCGCUGCCGCCCUUGUCUCCUCACUGUUCACCUCGCUUAUCUAUACGUGACAAAGAAGUGUCGUUCUCGGAAGUGAUCAAAGAUAUUGUGGCUAUCCUGUCCAAUUCUGUUAAGGAUGAAACCCUGCAAAAAUCAGACCUUAAUGGGACCAAAGCAAGUCCUGCACACCGCAUUGAACUAGACAAGCAAAUGGAGUCGGCUGCGGCGGUUAUUUCUAACGCUCAAAUUGACCCGCGUUUACUUUCAGCGUCGAUGCAAGGGAAUGACUUCCCAUCUAGUGGUGUUCUACCACCCCAUGAAACCUUUCAGACGAAUGGCGGGCAACUACCUCUCAAGAUGGAUACAUAUGAUCCUUCCUGUCAUUCCCCAAUUCUCAAUGCCCACCUCGGCAUCGGAUUAGAUGAACUGAUAUUUAGAGCUGACAGGUACAGGAUGCGACAUCCCGGAGAAGAAGUCGACAAACAAUGGUUGAUGCACUUUGCUGGCAAGUUAUCUGAACGCGGGGAACUGCUUGAUGAAUUCCGCUGUUACGUCGCUGGUUGCGAGCAGAAGAAUAAGCGCAGGGACCACAUCUUGGUGCAUAUCGGUGCACACAUAGAUCAGAGACCUUUCCAGUGUGCAGUUUGUCCAAUGCGGUUUCUGCGGAAGAACGAGUGUAAACGUCAUGAGGCUAGUCACACAGGCUACAAACCAUACACCUGCAUGAUAUGUCUUGAAGACAAAAGUUUUGCUCGUCAGGAUCUGCUGAAGAGACACCUUAAACGAACUCACUCUAUCGGCAGUAAGGACGAUGGAAGGCGUCCAAGGAAGAAAAUGAGGGUGGAUUGA